CAGGGGGAGUGUACUAGCUUCUUUCGCCAGUAGCUGUUGGUCUCUGGGAUGGUCUUGAAGGUGUCUGAUGCCUCGUGUCUCAGGCUGGACGCGGGUGGGAGCUCACGGGGAGAUCUCACCCACCAUUUCCAGCCAUCCGCGCGCUUACACAUCGGUAGCUAGAUUUGGUUAAAAAGUAGGAGGCGGGGGUGAGAACCAGUGCCAAUCCACGAGCGAAGCUCUGCCUCAUUUUUGGGAAACCUGCCUGGCAAGACUUGGAGUCUUACCUAGGUAUCCACACCACCUCGUUAGGAUUGGUCAACAGGGGUACCAUGUGCCACGGCAGGAGGGAGCUGCAGGUGUCAAAGUGAUAGCAAGAGGCAGGCGACAUGAGAGAUUGGGCUACAUGCUACAUCUGUGAACUUACUGGCAGAAGAUAUAAUCUAGAGUGAGACUGAGGACAUUUCAAGAUGGCCAAAGAAGAGCCCCCAAGUGUCUCCAGAGAUUUGCAAGAGCUGCAAAGGAAGCUGUGUUUGCUGUUAGACUCCUUCCAAAGUAACUCAAAGGUGGUUGCCUUCAUGAAGUCCCCGGUGGCUCGGUACCUGGACAGGCAUCCUUUCCUGGCUCUUACCAUGCUGAUGUUUGUUAGCAUGUCAGCCAUCCCUGUUGGCUUCUUCCUGCUUAUCGUGGUGCUCACCUCCCUGGGUGCUCUUAUGGGGGCCAUAUUGCUGGAAGGACUGGUCAUCUCUGUGUGCGGCCUCUCACUUCUCUGCAUCCUCUGUGGCUUGGGCUUCGUAUCACUUGCCAUGUCCGGGAUAGCCAUGAUGUCCUAUGUGGUAGUGUCAUGCCUCAUGAGCUAUUGGUUUUCUCCCAGGCCCCUGACACAGCAAAAUGCCAACACUGACUGUCAGCUGGCUAUGAAACCCAUGGACUUCGAGAGGCUCUGCCAGGAAUGAUGGAGCCAAAUGGAACCAGCGCUUGCUUUCUAAGCAUGCCGGGAAAGCUCUUCCCCUCGCCGCUUGAAUCAGAGCUCCGGAGAGAGGGCUGAAUGCUUGCUCUGCUUCACUGCUCACUGCGUCUAAAGUCCUGCAGUGAUCAGGGCGCCUCCCCACCUCAUCACUCCCUAGUAUGCAGUCUUGACGUUAGCAGAGUACUGGGCUUCUAGAACUGGGAAGCUUAACCACUAGGGCCUCUGGGUUGAGUCCCAGGCCCCACCUGGGAGUAAGAUGGAUUGUUUUUGAAGUUUAAUUUUUUUUAUUGGGGUAAGGGGUUGGAGAAGAGGGUUUUCCCCCAGUCAUUUUAGAUAAGAGGUGAAAAGAAAGAACCCAAAGAGAGACAGCUCUUCUACCUUCAACACUUUUCUUACCAGCAAGAGCGGCAACAUUGAGGAAGUGCGGCCUUUUAAAACCUGAAGAGCAGUCUUAACCUUGCAGCCAGGAGUCCUUUAAAAAAGUCUCAGGGCCUAGUUGUUAAGUGCCUUGAUAUUUGCACUUGAUAAGAAAUGGCAAGUCAUUUCUUAACAAACAAACCAAACACAUACUGAAGACUACAGAGAAAAAAAAAAAAGUACCUGUGUGAUUUCCUCUUCAUUUACGAUGGUAUUCUAGUAAAUAUUUAUUUGGUUCUUACUAUGCUCUCUCUCCUACCCAUUCCCAUAUGUCAUAUUUGGCAAAUCAGAUGUCUGCUAAGAUGACAAAACACAGAGAUAAUUACCUUUAUAAAGGAAAAAACUAUG